AUGAUUCAAUUUCUUUAACAAAUAACAACUAUUUAUAAAAUUUUAUUUAAAAAAAACGACAAGUGUUCCAGUAUACAGUGUAUUCGUUAGGUUUGGAUGAGUGAUACGCUGAGAAUUUUAGGGGCAUAGUAGCUUAUAUGUAUAUGCAUACCUAAGACUGUUGCCGUGUCCCAACAAUAAUGAGGUUAAUAUUCAAAAUAUUAAUUGGUUUGGGUGUGGUAGUGGUUGCAGCAGCGGCAAUAACUGUAGGAGUAGUUUUCAGUCGCUCCUCGGACACUGCGACAUCAUGCACAUUAACGGGAAAUUCAAUAGACGAACUUGACACAAUUAAAUCCUCUUGUAAUGAUAUUGUCAUAGAAGACCUCGUCGUACCAGCUGGUAGAACUUUAGAUUUGACCGGUCUAUCGGACACAUCGAUUACAUUUAGAGGCAACAUUUCUUUCGGCUAUGCAGAAUGGAAGGGCCCGUUGGUUUUGAUCAGUGGUACUAAUAUAAAUAUCACGGGUGAAGCAGGACAUGUUUUGGAUGGUCAGGGUGCGAGAUGGUGGGACACCCUUGGCGCUAACGGUGGUGUUCAAAAACCGAGAUUUUUCAAAACACGCUACUUGUACAACGGAGUUGUAACCAAUUUAAAUUUCCUCAAUUCACCACGCCAUUGCUUCGCCAUUCACAACUGCACGAAUAUAACCGUAAAUAAUAUAGUUAUGAAUACUAGAGAUGGAGAUACCCAAGGAGGUCAUAACACCGAUGCCAUUAAUGUUAAAGGUUCCGAAAACGUUUACAUUAGCGACACUACCGUGUAUAAUCAGGACGAUUGUUUGGCCGUUAGAUCCGGGAAAAACAUUCAUUUUACACGUGCUUUCUGUUCUGGUGGUCAUGGGAUAUCGAUAGGAUCCGUCGGUAACAGAACAAAUAAUGUCGUUGAAGACGUUUACAUCACCGAUUCUACUGUAGUGGAUUCAGAGAACGGAGUUCGAAUAAAAACGGUGGUUAAUGCGACUGGAUUAGUUUCCGGCGUUACUUAUGACAAUAUUACGUUAAGAAAUAUAACCGAUUUUGGAAUUUUGAUGCGAGGUGAUUAUAUGAACGUGCCGGGUCCUACAGGUACUCCCGGCAAUGGCGUUCCAAUCCUUAACGUUACCAUAACAAACGUACGUGGCACAGUUCAAGCAGGAGGUACGAAUAUUUUUAUUCUGCUUGGCGAAGGUGUUGCCCAGAAUUGGUAUUGGAACAAUAUAAACGUUACUGGCGGAGAAAUAAACCUAACAUGCCAAGGAGUACCUCCAAAUUCUGGUGCAUUUUGUGCAUAAAAGAAUCAGUACUUUUGGUGCGGUCAAGUGUAAUUGGCACUUAUAUGAAUUUACAAUUAUACAAUGUAACAUACCAGUUUUAUCAUGAUGAAUUUCCUUAUACAAUAAUUGAACAGGAUCGUUGUUGAUUCGUCUCUAUUUCUUCAGACUUUAUCAUUUAAUUGUUUUUCAAAUUGUUUCCCCAUAUCUAUGAUCCUGUUCAAUUAUGUCAAUUUUAUCUUAAGUUUUAAUUUAAUAGUGUAAUGUAUAUGUCUACUACUAUAAAUCGUGAUGGCUGCCAUAGAAUAUUAAUAAAAUAAAUAAAAUUA